AUGGCAGCUUGGUCGAAAGGCAUGUACUGUAUGAAGGGACGUGGAGGUGAAGACAACAUAAAUAAUAACUUACCUGUAAAUCCAUUGGUUGAUCUCACUCAAAAGGACUGGUGGUUCCAACAUUAUCAAGGUUGUGACAAAGAACCACCAGCUGACGGUGACUAUCUUGAACUACCAGCUGGAGGUUCGUUCAAUGUUGAAAUUGCCACUAAUCGUGCUUUCACAACUUUUGGUCAUGACAAAAAUUUUAAUGGAUAUUUUGGUGGUCCACAACAAUUAGAAUAUACUCCUUGGGGUUGUGUUUCCUAUCCUAACUUACACACACCAAAUCAAACUGCAGCACCAGGAACAGUUUUUGCUAUCUCAUAUCAAAAUAGUAUCGAUAAAGUUACACCGGAAAAUUUAGUUGUUUUUACUGUACGAUAUAAAACUCCCUGGCAAAGAGUAACAUCGUACGAUGUACCAAAAGAUUUACCUCCAUGUCCUCCAGGUGGUUGUACAUGUGCAUGGGGCUGGGUUCCUAUGGGUUGUGGACAACCGAACAUGUAUAUGCAAGGUCAUAAAUGUAUAGUUACUGGUUCAACUUCUACAAAGAAACUUGCUGUAGCUAAACCUCCAGUUUAUUGUGAACAUGAUCGUUCAAAAUGUGUAAAAGGAGCAAAACAAAUGGUCUACUAUUAUCAAAAAGAUGGUAAUAACGUGUUUAAUGUUCCAGUAAUGCCAACGUACAAUGAAGUUAUGGGCUUUGCAGAAGGUGCACAGAAUGAUAUUUUCGAAGACUCUGAUUUAACGUCGAAUAUAGGUUAA